GGGGAUUUCCCUCUCGGCGCUCCCAGGGUAAGAGCUGGUGACUUCCGGCAAUAAUCCCGCGACGCGGUGGCCGCCUGUCAGGAGAACAAUGCCAUUUUUGGGUCAGGACUGGAGAUCUCCUGGAUGGAGUUGGAUUAAAACAGAAGAUGGCUGGAAAAGAUGUGAAUCAUGUAGUCAGGAACUUGAAAGAGAGAAUGAUCAGUGUAACAUCAAUCACAACAUUAUCUUAAAUAGUGAAGAUGAGGAAAUAUUCAAUAACGAAGAGUGUGAAUAUGCAUCCAAAAAAAGGAAAAAGGACCAUUUUAGAAAUGAUACAAAUGCUCAAUGUUUUUAUCGUGAAAAAUGGAUCUAUGUCCAUAAAGAAAGCACAAGAGAGAGGCAUGGCUAUUGUACUUUGGGAGAAGCUUUUAACCGCUUAGACUUCUCAAGUGCAAUUCAGGAUAUCCGAAGGUUCAAUUAUGUGGUCAAACUAUUGCAGCUAAUUGCAAAAUCCCAAUUAACUUCAUUGAGUGGUGUGGCACAAAAGAACUACUUCAACAUUUUGGAUAAAAUCGUUCAAAAGGUUCUCGAUGACCACCAAAAUCCUCGCCUAAUCAAAGAUCUUCUCCAAGACCUAAGCUCUACACUUUGUAUUCUUAUUAGAGGAGUAGGAAAGUCUGUAUUGGUAGGAAAUAUCAAUAUUUGGAUUUGCAGAUUAGAAACUAUCCUCACCUGGCAACAACAGCUACAGAAUCUUCAGAUGACUAAGCAAGUGAACAAUGGCCUUACACUUAGUGAUCUUCCUUUACACAUGCUGAACAAUAUAUUAUACAGAUUUUCAGAUGGCUGGGACAUCAUAACUUUAGGUCAGGUGACUCCAACGUUGUAUAUGCUCAGUGAAGACAGACAGUUGUGGAAGAAACUUUGUCAGUACCAUUUUGCUGAAAAGCAGUUUUGUAGACAUUUGAUCCUUUCAGAAAAAGGUCAUAUCGAAUGGAAGCUGAUGUAUUUUGCACUUCAGAAAUAUUACCCAACUAAAGAGCAGUAUGGAGACACUUUACAUUUUUGUCGGCACUGCAGUAUUCUCUUUUGGAAGGACUACCAUCUUGCUUUAUUAUUCAAGGACUCAGGCCACCCCUGCACUGCAGCUGACCCGGAUAGCUGCUUCAUGCCCGUGUCUCCUCAGCACUUCAUUGAUCUCUUCAAAUUUUAAAUGCAGCCCUCACAUUCUGUCCCUGUUGCUCUCUGUAAAAGGUUGUACAUUGUGCUUUUUGGUGCAAUAGCUGGUAGUAAAUGUUGUGAUUAAAACUUAUAACUGGGAUGGGUGGCCCAUCUUGUGAGGCCUAUGCUUGCUGGAAAGAAUAUGAAAAAUUGUCCUUCUACAGCUAUAGGGUAGAAAUGUAUUGUUGUAUAUUUUGAUCUUUGAAUAGGGUCAGGGGCAUUACACAAAAUCAUUUUUGUUUUCCUCCUUUAAAAGUUUUAUCUUCUAAGCAUAUUGAAAUUUGCAAUUUUUCAUAUUUAUAAAUAUAGUUCAGAAAAGAUUUUGGAUGUUCAGAAUCACACUCUGUGCUCAGCUGACACUAACUGCCAGGAAUAUGCUUCCUAAUUGUCAAAUUAGUUUCCCAAUUUUAUAGUAAUUGGAGGUGGGAGGGGGGCAAAACGAUUGAUCCUUGUAAAUACAUUGUGCAGAAUAUUUAUUUUUCUUAAAAUGUAUUUUAACAACUGAAUUGGCUGCGUCCAAAUGAGUUCUUUUUAAAUACAAAAUGAAUCUAGGGAAAUACUAGCCAUAUUCUGUUUUAGUGUUUACCAGUUGGGUUGUGAAUUGUGCAAAAUGUCUGUAGCCUAAGAGAGACGUGAGUGAUAUUAUUGUGCUCCCAGGUGCUCAAAGACAGACACUCACAGCCAAGGCACCGUGGCUUUUGCAGAGCAAUUCUGUGUAUUUGAAACUGAAGUGUGGGGACCAAACACUGAAGAAAUAGUCAGCACUUGCCAAGACUGAGUCAUAAAUAGUCCAAAUGUAUUCUAAACUCGACUUGUAUUGAAAGUACUUUUAUAGAGAAAGUAAUAAAUCAUGUUUAUCUAUUGAUUUAACUUUGUCAGUUUUGCAAUGUUAGUGAUUUUGAUAUCAUUUAACCUUUUUAAAAGGAUUGCUUUAUUUUUAAAACAAUACAUGUUCAUUUCAAAAAUUUUUUAAAUAAAAGUGUAUGCAAGAAAAUAAAAAUCACCCAUAAUUCCACCACUCAAAGAUAACUAUGUAUAUCCCCCCAGAUAGGAUGUAAAUACUCAGAACCUCUGUGUUAUAUAUAUUAGAUAAGGGUUUUCCAUAAGACCAUAAACAUCCUAUAUACCAUUUUCAUUUUAUAACUAGCCUUUUUUCCCAGAAGCAUGUAUUUGUAUCCUUAUCUUUUGAAAAUAUGGUUUUUAUUGGCUACAUAGGAUUGCAUCACACAGAUGGAACAGUCUUUACCAUGACAGCAUUCAGGUUUCUGAUUUUUACUGUUCAUAUAAGGAACUCUGUGAUAAGCAUCAUUGUACGUAAGUUUUUGUCCAUCUGAUUAUCUCCUUAUAAAUUCUUAGAAGUGGAAUCCAAGAUAAUGAGUAAAACAUUUUGAAGGCUUUUUAAUGUAUAGUCCCAGAUUUCUCGAGACAAUAGAAAUUGUUAUCAUCUUUUUAAGAGAAGGAAUAUUUAAGUGCCCAUUAUCCCUGUAGCAUGUAUAUUAUUGAAUGUUGUCAUUUUUUUUUUCUGUCUUUGCUGUUCUAAUAAGAAUGGGGUCUGUGAUUUAAUAUGAAAUUGAACAUUUCUUCUAUACAUUUAUUAGUCCUUUUUUUUUCAGUAUAUUACCUGUGCGUUCUUUGUCCAUUUUUCUUUGGUCUUCAUAAUUUCUUCUCAGAAGGAUAUUAACCUCUUGAAGUUGAAGUUCUUUUCCCCAAUUUGUCAUAUUCAUUUUAAUUUUGUUUCUGAUGCUAUUUUGCUGUGUUGUGGAAUCACAUAUACAUACAUACAUUUAACAAGUAAACAUUAAGCAAUACCUACUCAGAAAAAAAUAAUUGUAACAGUGUAGGAAAAGGAUUCUAACCAUUCAACUCUAUUAGCAUAUUUCCACAAGCAGUAGAUGCAGUUAAACCCAAAACAGUAAAUGCAUAUUGGCAAAACCUCUUAAAAGUGUGCACAAGGGACGUUUAAGGGUUCCCUAACCACUAACAACAGUGAUGGGAUUCAGACAAGCAAGCAUAGAUGGCUUCCUCAAAGCUUUUGCAGAAGAAACUGAAGAAUUGAGAGCAGAGACAAAUACAGGAUACAGAAAAUUUUGAGGCACUGAUAAAUUAUUUACAGUAGAUCAUACAACAUCAAACAGGAAGAAAUGACAAGUGGAGUCAUCAUAAAUUUACACAUUUGUAUGAUAUUUUCUGUUACAGGGACUGCCCAAAAUAGAGAUGCCAUUUCUCAUUGGAUUUAACUACUUUGAUUCAUUUAAUUGCAAUGAAAAGGUGAUAUCAGGACACCAAAAGACAGACUAGUCAGUAAGUUUCACACGCCAUUUAUUCCCUAAUAAAGCAAUGGCAGACACUCUCCACAGAUCAUAUGAGAGUGAGUAUUUCCAGUCACUGAAACAGUGUAUGUUCCACAGUGCAUGCUCAUUUUGUGACUGGGUAGCAGACCACAGAGGAUUUUGCCCAGAGCCUACCCAGCUGAGCCCAGCAGGAACUACCAGGGCCAGAAACUUAUCAUCUGCGUUUACAUCCAAUUGCAACUUUCCUUUGCCUAUUUUGAGAAACAAAAAGCAAUGUUUCUCAUCUAAUCUAUGAAUACAUACAAAUCAGAAAGACAAAAGCCACAGCAUUUCUGUAGCAGAUCAAGGUGCAACUCUUUAAUAAAUCAGAAUUUAUUUAUAAUAAAUUUAAUAAUAAAUUACAGAAUUAUACACUGUAUUUGUAUAAAUGUAAUACUGUGUAAUUACUGUACAGGGCUGUAUACAGAAAAUUAUGUCUAUUUUAUGGGCAAUUUUUUCAUCUCCCAAAAGAUUUGACUGGGUACAACUUUUGUCUUAAAUGCUGCUUUUAGAAUCAAACCCCAUGUAAAAUUUUUUCAUAUUGAUUAUGUAUUCUGAAAACUUGCUGAACUCAUUUAUUAGUUCUAACAGUCUUUGUGAAUUCCUUAGGAUUUUGUAUAUACAAGAUCAUGUCAUCUGCAGAUACAGUUUUUCUUAUUUUCCAUGCUGUUUGCCUUUUUCUUUUACUUGCCUAAUUGCCUUGGCUAAAUCCUCCAGCAAACGUUGGAUAAAAGUGGCAAGAGCAGACACACUUGUCUUGCUUCUGAUCUUAGGGAGAAAGCUUUCAAUCUUUCUCACCAUCAAGUAUGUUACUGUAGGUAUUUCAUAGGUGCCCUCUAUCAGGUUAAGGAGGUUCUUUCUAUUCCUAGUUUGUUGAGUGUUUUUAUCAUGAAAGGGUGUUAGUUCAAAUGCUUUUUCUGAGUCUGCUGAGAUGAUCAUGGGGUUUUGUGGCCUGAGCAAAAACAGGUUAGUAGGCCAAAUUUGGCCAGCAAGCUCUAGUUUUACCAACCCUGAUUAAUAGUGUUUUCUCUACUUUUGUAUAUGUUUGAUAAUUUCCAUUUGAAAAGCUACAAAAUGUCAUUUUUUAUGUCUGUUGCCGUUUUCCUGAUUGCAAAAGUAAUGUAGGUUCACUGUAGAAAAAAUUUUUAAAACCAAAACACACAAAAAAAUUUAAUGUUACCCAUAAUUCUACUUUGAGAUCAUUUAUAUUUUGUCAUUCUUUCCAAUAUUUUCUCUCAUAUUGUUUUUUGAAGAUAUAACUUAUUUUCAAAUAUAAAAUGCAAGAAACAAAUAUUAGGAUACAAUGCCCUUCUAUCAGCUCUGAUUAAGAAACCCAUAUUAUUUAUAUGGAAUUGUAUGUGCCCCAAGGAAUGGUGACUCCAGAAGGGACCCAACUCAAUCUGACUUUUCAAAGCCUGAAUUCCACUCAUUUGAUUACCAAGGGAAACUGUUUUUCUUACGUAUUUCUGCAUUUUAAGCUUUGAAGAUUUCUUAUAGAAUAAAAAUUCUUGGCCUCUCCUGCUAUCUUACAGCCCCAGUUCAAAAAAAAGUUUCCAGGGAGAUGAGAGCUUUGAGACACUAGUCUCUUAAAAAAAAAAAAAAAAAAAAAAAAAAAAAUCACAAAAAAAAUUUCAAAUAAAACAAAAUGGUAUUUCCCAUCACCGCCACUCUUCACCCCUUCCGGAUUUGUUCACCUUUCUUGAAAAUAGUUAAAUUAUCUAAGCUUUGCAAUUUUUAAAAUCAUAUAAAUAUUUCCCUCAAAAUCUGACACUAAUUUUCACUUAGUAAAAAAGUGAAUUUAAACAGAAGUAACUCCAAAGGAAUCAAUCUAAUCAAUUGUUUUGAAAGCUAGAACUGUACACAACUUUUAUCACUGAAUGAAAAUAUUUCAUCUGCAAUUCUAAAAAAAAACACGCUGAGACUAACUUCUAAAUACAUACAUUUAUCCAUACAAAUUGAGAGCAUUAUA